UCUUAAAAGAAUGGUGAUGUUUGGGAUUUCAUUAAGGAAUGUCUUGUCUAUGUGGGUUUGGUAGGGUUAGAAGGAAAGGGAGCAGAGAAACAGGGAGGUAUCCUAGAGCAAGACAUCCUGCCUCUUACUUUGUAACUUUGACUAUAAAACUCUAAGCUGAAAUGCUGUGCUCUUCUUUGAUACUCCAGUCAAUGCUCAGCCUGUUCCAAUUUAAUGCAUGCAUAAGAAUAAGGAUGAAGGUUUCAAGUGCUGGGGCAGAUUUGAAAAAAAGAGAUGAGGCUUUAUCCCUGUAAGAUUAAAUAAUCAUUGGGGUUUAAAGGUUUGAUCUGCUGGAGUUCAGCCCGGGAUGGGGUUCAGAGGCCCAGGAUAAUUGGAUACAGCCUUAGACUUUGAACAUCAGAGGUAGUUGGGGUGCGUGCGUGUUUGUGUGUGUGUGUGUGUGUGUGUGUGUGUGUGCAAUGUACUAGUAAGUAAGAGCAGCCUUUCCUUUGCUGUGUUCCACAGCAGAAAGAAUAAAGCCGGCUGCCCCUUCCUCACUGAUCCUCAGUGACUGACUGGAUACAGCUCCUGGGGGUUGCUGCACACAUGAAUGUGUGCUAUUGUUUCAAGCACACGCCAGCCUUAAGAAAUAGCACAAAACAGGCCCGUCCUUAUUCAGCAGCAGAGCCCCCUCCAUCACUCAAACCGGCCCUUCCAGGUCACAUGUCGGGGCCUCUGCAGACAGGACGCAGCUGCCUCAAAUCUGCUGCCUAACAUUAGCUGCGCUUCGAAAACCCUGACAGCAGGGAGCUUCCCAGACUCCGCAGGGGAAACUAGAGAGAGCUGAGACCAGGCACUAUGUUCUCCCAGGAAGUGUGGCUGGAAAAUGAGAAAAAGUGUGCUGUGGUUCGGAAGUCUAAGCAAGGCAGAAAACGCCAAGAGCUCCUUGCUGUGGCCUUAGGGGUGAAGGUGGGAGUCAAAGGCAGCUUGCUUUGGCCUCCUCUCAAACUCUUUGCCUGUUCACAGAUCUCCUCCUUGGUUCGAAGGGCUGCCCUUACACACAAUGACAACCACUUCAACUAUGAGAAGACUCACAACUUCAAGGUCCACACGUUCCGAGGCCCACACUGGUGUGAAUACUGUGCCAAUUUCAUGUGGGGACUCAUCGCACAAGGAGUCCGGUGCUCAGGAUUGAAGUCAGAAGGCCUGUAUAGAGUCUCAGGGUUCACAGAACACAUUGAAGAUGUCAAGAUGGCAUUUGAUAGAGAUGGGGAAAAGGCAGAUAUAUCUGCCAACAUCUAUCCAGACAUAAACAUCAUCACUGGGGCUCUGAAACUCUAUUUCAGAGACUUACCCAUCCCUGUCAUCACUUAUGAUACCUAUUCCAAAUUUAUAGAAGCAGCAAAAAUCUCCAAUGCAGAUGAGAGGCUGGAAGCAGUCCAUGAAGUGCUGAUGUUGCUGCCUCCUGCUCACUAUGAGACCCUGCGCUACCUAAUGAUCCACCUCAAAAAAGUUACUAUGAAUGAAAAGGACAAUUUUAUGAACGCAGAAAAUCUGGGGAUCGUGUUUGGGCCCACCCUGAUGAGGCCUGCUGAGGACAGCACCCUUACAACCCUCCAUGAUAUGCGGUACCAAAAGCUGAUUGUGCAGAUUUUGAUAGAAAACGAAGAUGUUUUGUUCUAGUCCAACAAGGAAAUGGGCUGAAUGGCCCAGCCCCAUUCUAGUUGACAGAUCUAAAGGAAUAAAAACAUGUCUUACACUUGAUUUGUUUUUCAAACAAGUGACAGAGUUUGCUGGACCACAGUGGAUCGCUGAGUUGGGAACUGUGUCUCAUAGACAUGCCCUCCUCUACUCGAGAACAGGGUGAGGGCAAGCAAGCCCCAGCCUUGGGUCUUUUGCUGUGCCUCAUAUGUGUGUCUGUUUUGCUGGAAGAGUGAUUAAUAAAUCUUUCUUUAACUUAUUAAAAAACAGUGUAGACCUUUAAGCUUCAAUCUUAUCAGUAAUAAAAGGGAACUUAAUUCCUAAAGGUACUUGAUAUAGUUAUACAUUUUCCACUCACAGAAAGAAGACAAUUCUAUACGUUAAAUGUUAAAUGAAACCUAUAUUGUAAAAUGUAUUUUUAUUUCUCCUGCAAGAAUGUUAUUUUAUUUUAGCAAAUAGAACUCAAUGCAGUGCAUUGACUAUUAUCCUGUGUACCUUGUUCUGCGUUCUUGCUGUGAUGCCCUGAAAGUUUGACCACAAAUGCAGUAUUAUCCUGACAUACCUCUAUCCUUAUUAGUCCUUUUCAAUGAAAUUUCACCUGCCACAUGUGUCCCUGCUUUUGAUGGUUUUUGCUCUUAAGCACUAGCAUUCUGCUGUCAUGUAGUAUAGGUUUAUAGCAGUUAUAGAAUGGUCUGAAAUAUCCACAAAUCGUCUUUCCAUACAAAUUUUGUGAAUUCCCAACAUAUGUCAUGAAAUUGGUGACUGCCUUCCCAGAUAAUGAGUGUGUAACCUAGAAUGUGCAGAAUGUGGUCAUUUUAUGUAAAAUAAUUUAAGGACAUUGGAUGUAUCUGGGCCAUGAAAAAAAAAGUUAGCAUUUUUUCCUCUUUUCAGCUAAGCACUCCAAAUUCAUAUGUUAAUUACAAGUUGAAUUUUUGCCACAUUUGUGUAUUGACGAAAAGCAGCCCUGCAGAAUAAUUUUUGAUGUUUUUCAUUUUUGUUUUAUAAACAAACCUAUUUUUAAAAAGUAAAGAAUGAAUAAGGUUGGUUUUUGCUAAAUAUUUGUUCAUCCUUGAAAAAAAGUAGUUCUGUAUGAAAAAUAAUUUCAUAUGAUUUUAUUGCUAUAGGUUCAUCCUGUUGGUUAUAUUUAUCUCCGCAUGAGCCUUUCACACCAAGAUUUCUAUAUUUUGUAACAUAGGUAAAAUAUUUAAAACAUCAAAAACUGUAAAUCUAGAUUUUUUAAAAAUCCAACUUCUAUGUCUUUCCCUGAUUGUCUGAGAUGAGUCAUGUAACUACUCACAAGUCUUGUUUUGGACUGACCGGAAGAGAUGUGCCGUAUGUGGUGUGGUGUGAGAGGAGGUGCACAGUGCAGCUGUUGUCCUGGGAAGUCCCCAGGGCCCUGCAGAUGAACACCAUUGUCAACUGGGGGUCAGAACCGUUCAGUCUGCUCCCUACUAUUAGCCUUCCUCCCAGCUGUACAAACUCAUUUGUUGUAGCUUAUGUACUUCUUGAUACUGUCAAAAAAAUUAUCUGGAAAUGGUUUUAUUUUGUGAAGUGAACAAUACUUUGUAAUUUAUGAUAGUGUAAAUGGAAGCAAAAGCAUUACAUGUAUUAAAUUCUUCUGUCUAUCAUUUUGGAGUAUGUUCAGAGAAGUGAUGUCUUCCGGUAGCAUGGGGAGAAUCUUUAAAAUCUUCUCGGGGAGAUUUGGCAAUAGGAUUUCUAUUAUUGUCAAGCAUACAAGAAAGUAGAAGCAGCCCAUAGUACCCCCAUCUUGCUGUCCCUCGCCUCCACCACCUUCUUUCUAGAGAGCCCGCUUUGAGGUUAUAAGAUUCUGAUGAUCAGCUUCACCUUUGGAAGACCAGUUGCACUUGGAGAGGUAAAGAGUUUAGAGAGAAUCAACGUUGGCUGCUUAGAGAAGCAGAACAAGGAUUCUGGAGUCAGAAAUUCCCAAGCUGGAACUCUGGACCUGCCUGUUACUAGCUGCUGAUGAUCCUGGGAAUGGGUUGCCUUAUUUGAAAAAGCAUAGAUAACAUUUUAAAUGAAAUCAUGAUAUAAAGCAAUCAGUAUUAGUUGUUUCCCACUUUUUCAAGAGUGAUUAUUUAGAAGGGAAAAGGAUAUAACAUGAGGAUGGUGAUAAAAGAAGCAUGAGAAGACAAGGAUUUGUCUCUGGUUAAAUCCAAGUCCAUAGCAUAUGAGGGAAUGUUAUAACAAGGCUCUAUAAUGUGAAGUGAAGUUCACUUGACUCCUUUUCUGGAACGUGAUUGCAACACUUGAUCCCUCUGCCUUGCUUUAGUGUGAAACCUGCUCACCCAUGCCUAUCUCCCACCAUCUGGCAGCCUGACAUGGCUCCUCUUACCUGGCUUGCCAGCCCUGUCACUGGAGUCACUCCGAUAGACCAUAAAAGACCCAGCCGAGUUCCCAAGAACCCACAAUUAGAUGGUCCACAAGUGAGUUGUGGCCAGUGGGACAGGGCCAUGAUGGGUGGGAGAAGGAGAGGAUGCAGCUUUUCUUUCUCCAUUCACUUAAAUCAACAUUUCAGAGGGAGGGGGAUGUGAAUCUAAGAAGGAAUUGUGGAGAGAGCAUUGGGAAGAAACACACCAUACACUUGAAUGAUUACUGGAUUGUCCCGACUACUGAAAACCCAAAUCAGGUGGCUUAUACAUUCCCAUGCUCCAAAACAAGCCCCAGUUUAUAGCCAGUCUUUCAUUUAAAAAUGUAACAGUCGUUAGUUUUCCACGGAUACUUGUCCAUCAAUAUUAAUAGGCCAGACACUAAAUACUUCGAGGCAAGGAACAUGCUUAUCUCAUGGGAAUAAUUAAAUAAUAAGUUUAGUCUGGCGGGAAAGAGGAAACUGUGUUAAGGGGAAUGUGGGCUACUAAUAUUUUCCGUUCUAAUAGACAUUUAAUUAUGGAAUGCUUUUAUAUUUGCAGAAAAGUUGUAGAGAAACUGCAGAAUUCCUACAUUCCCCUUAGCCACUUUCCCCUAAUGCUAACAUCUUACAUAACCACAGGAUAGCUGGCAGAUCUAAAAAACAAGCAUUGAAACCUUACUCUAUUCAAUUCUAACUUUACUGAGAUUCCAUAGGUGUUUCUCCUGCUGGCUUUUUUGGCCCUAAUGGAUGUCAGGAGACAGAUCACACUAUCUGAUUGACACUUUUAAAAGAUGACUUACCUGAUUAUGGGUCCAGCAAAGAAGAUGUGAGCAGAUGGGAGUAGUGAGAAGAAAUGCAGCGAGCCACUGUUGUGAGCCUGAGAUGAUGGUAUCCUGGGUAGAGUAGGAGCAAGGAAGAAAUAGACAGAACUGGAUUAUAUUUAGGAAAUACGGCUGCAAAGUCUGGUUUAGAGAUUGGAUUAAGAAAUCCAGGCUGGGUCCCAGAUGGCUUAAUUUGGCAACUGUGCAAUAAUUACUGAAAUGAAGAAUAUAUACAGGACAUCUGGUUAUUGGGGAGGGAAUGAAGUGGAAAAGGUGGGACAUGAUGAAAUGAAGAUACUUGUGAAAUUUCCAGGCAGAGGUCUUUCGUGAGAAAUUCCCUGGAGAGAAUUGGGCUAGACAUGGAUUUGGAAGUGAAUUACUAGAGAUAAUAAUGGAAAACAUAGUAUUAUAUAAGGAUACUCAGGAAGACCGAAGGGAGAAAUACAGGGGAGGCCACACUCAGAGUUCUCUGGAGCACUGACACUCAGGCGAGAGAAAGAGGAAGAAGAAAAGGCAAUGUGGCCCCCUUGAAUAUAAUAAAAUAUAGAAAAUAUCACAAGUGCAGUUCAGAAAGAGUCUCUCCAGGUUUGCUUCACAAUAUUGUUACAUUUAAUUAUUCUACUUAGAUUUAUUUUGCUACAUUCAAGGCAUCGCAUUGGACCUUGUACUUUGGAGAGGUGUGAUUGGUUAAAUGCUUUAAAAAUGCAAAUAAGCCAGUGCUAUGUCUGAGUGCCUGUGUCCCCCUGAAGUUCUUUGUUGAAACCUAAUCCCCAGUGUAAUGUCAUUUGGAGCUGGGACUGUGGAGGAGGUGAUUCAGUAUAGCUGAAAUUAUACCUGACCUGAAGAUGGAUCUCCCUUUUUCAAGGUCGUUGGAUACCUUAAAACAAUCAGGACUGUUUAGAGGGCAAAGAAGAGAGCAGCAGCUUUGCAGCUUUGUGGAUGUUGUUCAGAUUUCCAGAGGCUGCAUAAAAUAUUUUAUACCCAUCCAACCUUCACUCAAUGUCUCAGGUCUUCAUAGCCCCCCCCAUAACUCUAGAGCCAACUAUAAUGUAAUAUUGUCUAAUCGAUGAUCCUCAUGAAGUACCUGGCAGCCAAGGUCCCUGCUGAACACACCUCUGACUCUGCCAUUCAACUCUUCAAAAUCUUGAUCUCUGCUAUACUUGCACCACAUUGAAAGAAUUUUAAAAUUCAGAGAAAAUUUAAGGCCUUCAUCUGACUCUGAUCAGAUGUGCUUCCCCAGCUCCUACCUGACACUGUACCUGGCACACAAUAGGCACCCCAAGCUUUUCUAAAUUAAUAACAUAUUUUUGUACAAAUAAUAUCCCAUUUUGAUGAAAUGAAAGAGAUGAAUUCUGGACAGGAGAAUCUGGAAAUGCAUGUUUAGUCAUUUAGAGCUGUGCUUCACAUCAACCCUUCAAUUUUUUUAAAGGCUUGUCCUUAAAUGGGGGCUUUUCCUUUGGAAGUAAACCCCCUUAAAUUAGGUAACCUUCACCAUAUUCUUUCUUCUUUUAUCCAGUUGGAAUGGUUAACCCUUAGAACAACUCAGCUUAGAGAACCUGAAGAUUAGUAGCAGGAUACACAGAUAAUGGUAGCUUCGUUGGUCUAGAAUCAAGAGCAGUGCAGAGAGGAGGUCAGGUGCUGGGUCUAGACAUCAUCCUGCUUACAUCCGGCUCUAUCCCUUUCUCCCAGUAUGGCUUUUGGAAAGUUACAUUAAUUUUUAAGCCUUACAUUCCUUGUCAUUUAAAUAAACUAAUGGCAGUUCUGAUUCUGCGGAGUUAUUGUGAUGGUUAAGACAAUCUAGGGAUGACGGCAGAGUUUCAUUAUAAGAGUUUAGGGUACAGAGUAAACAAGCAAAUGCUUUUCUAAAAAAAAAAAUCAACAGCUUGGAGAAGCAUUUAUGAGAACACGUUAGCCAUAAUUAUCCUUUAUUUCAAUCUGUAAGUCACCUCAUUUAUUUCUCUCUAACAAAUGAGAAAGUGAGAGGGAUUUUAGCCGUUUGCCUUGCUGGCCAAUUAAAAGUCAAGGCACACUUGACUCAUGCAGAGGUAUGUGGUGGAAAGACAGCAUGGGGCCUAGAGCCAUGAGACCUGGUUCCUUUACAGAUGAGGCUUUUAAGUCUGAGGUUCAAAUUUCUCCCUUUGGAAACGAAGAGUAAUGGCUGCCUGCCUGCUCAACUCAUCAGCCGCAUGGGGUUGUCACUAAGGCAGGUGGCACGGGAGCAGGUGUGGAGCACUGUUAAGCACUCUGACACUCAGCACCACUCUCUCCCCAUCUCCCUUAAUAUUGCACAAGACCGUGGGGGGUCUGUAUACCUCCACAAUUGCUCUUCCCCUGUUUGCUCCUGGUCAGUCACAUCCACUCUGGCUUGGAACACUGUCAACAAAUCUGAAUUAUCCCCAAGAUCCAGUAAGCUACCUGUUGUCCUAUAACAAGUCCCUGCUGUACAAAUCAUGAUCUAUUACCAGCAGCCACGGUCUCUGAUGAAAACACCUCUGACUCUGCCAUUUGACUCUUCAGAAUCUUUAUGUCUGUUAUACUUGCCUCACACUGAAAGAAUUUUAAAAUUCAGAAUAAAUCGAAGGCCUUCAUCUCAUUCUUUUUUCCUGCUUCCCAUUCCCCGGCACAUUUCAUACUACUCCUAAAUAUGUUCAGAGUAUACCAUGUUCUAUAGAAAUGGCACCAUGUCCCAAGUCUACGUUAUUCUAUAGUUGACUUUUUCUCCUCUAAAUGAUGUAUUGGAAAUGUAUCCCUGUUCAUUCAUAUAGACCUACUUCAUUUUAACUGUCCCAAACUGCUUCAUUAUGUAACUUAUCCUUUCUUCUAGUGAUACAUGUUAAGUCAUUUCCUGCUUUUCUAUUGAUAAUCACUGUUUUCAUGAACAUUAUCUUAAAGUCUACAUGUACUACAAAUGGAACCGCUGGAUCCCGGAGAAUGUAGACCCUCAGUCUUGUUAUCGUUAGCUCUCCAAGGUAUGAGUAGCAGUUCAUCUUCUCACCAGCAGUGUUUGAGAGUUCCUGUUACUCCCAAAUCCUUAUCAAUACUUAGCAUUACCAGACUGAAAUGUUUUUUGCUAAUCUCUUGGGUUAAAGUGUUAUAUUUUGUUGUAAUUUGGAUUUCCUUAAUUACCAUCUUUUAUGGUUUAACUCUCAUUUAAUUGUUUUUGUUGUUUUGUUUGUUUGUUUGUACCGUGGAUCCAACUCGG